UUCCGGGUGUGGCCGGGAGCGGGGUUCCGGCUGUUCCGGUUCCGGCAGUUCCGGUUCCGGGUAUGGCCGCAGUUCCGAUGGGAAGCCCGCCCCUCACCCGGCUGAGAGCACAGCGGGAGCUGUCUGUCGCCGCACCCGAUUCUACUAUCAAGACCCUGCCCUUACGGGCCGCCGGACCCCCAGAUGCGGAUGGCAAUCAACCUUUUCACUAUUGGCCUUUCGCUACAAGUGAUUUGUAUAACUGGAAGACACAGAACCCUAAAUUCUCCGAGAAGCCGGGGGCGCUUAUUGAUUUGUUAGAUUCUGUUCUUUUCACCCAUCAGCCCACAUGGGAUGACUGUCAGCAGCUUUUACAGGAUCUGUUCAAAACGGAGGAGAGAGAGAGAAUCCUCAAUGAGGCCCGGAAGGUGGUUGCCGGCGUAGACGGAAAUCCAACCACCAACCAGGCACAGAUAGAUGUCUCUUUCCCCUUAACUAGACCUGACUGGGACUUCAACACGGCAGAAGGUAAGGAGAGGCUCCGAAUCUACCGUCAGACUCUAAUGGGGGGUCUCCGCAUGGCUGCUAGGAAGCCUACCAAUUUGACCAAGGUAGGGAGCGUACAGCAGGAAAGAGAUGAGUCUCCAGCUGCCUUUCUGGAACGGAUCAUGGAGGCAUAUCACACCUAUACCCCCAUGGAUCCAGAAGCUCCAGAAAAUAAGGCGGCUGUGGUCAUGAGUUUUAUAAACCAGUCAGCCACAGACAUUAGAAAGAAACUGCAGAGGAUAGAUAGACUAGGGGAAAAGAGUUUUCGGGACUUGCUGGAAGUGGCUGAGAAGGUGUAUAACAACCGAAAGUCUCCUGAGGAAAGGCAAGCCCGCGCCAUGGUGGCUGCCAGUGACAAGCAGACCCAAAACCUGGCCAAGAUUCUGCUAGCCACCACUGCGGAGAACCCUGGGGAGCGGACCCGCCACCUUCGCCAGCUUGCCGAUGACCAAGAAGGAGGUAAGAGGCCCGCCCGGGGCAGGAAGAAAAAGCUGCAACGGAACCAGUGUGCUUAUUGCAAAGAGAUAGGACACUGGGCCCGGGACUGCCCAAAGAGGGCCGGUAAAAAGGGAAACAAAACGGACCGGGUGGAGGUCUUAGAGCUGGGAGGACUGAGCGAUUACCCCUACCCCCUAUUAGGACGGGACUUGCUAACCAAGAUUGGAGCCCAAAUUACUUUCAGACAAGGGGGGCCCCAGGUCACCGAUGGCAAAGGCCAUCCCAUCCAGGUUCUGACUCUGAGACUGGAGGAUGAAUAUCGCCUCCACCAGGGGCCGCCCUCAGUAGAGAACAACAUGGACAAAUGGCUACAAGAAUUCCCCACUGCCUGGGCAGAGACGGGGGGAGUAGGACUGGCCGCUCACAGGGCCCCAACCCUGGUAGAGUUGAAACCAGGGGAAGGUCCAAUCAGAGUCAAACAGUACCCUAUGUCCCAGGAGGCUCGGAAGGGAAUCCAGCCUCACAUCCGGAGACUGCGAAGCCUAGGGGUACUGGUUCCAUGCCAAUCUGCCUGGAACACCCCCCUCCUGCCAGUCAGAAAGCCCCACACGAAUGACUAUCGGCCAGUCCAGGACCUCCGAGAAGUAAAUAAAAGAGUUAUGGAUAUACACCCAACUGUCCCCAACCCAUACACUCUCCUAAGCUCUCUGGCACCCUCUAGAGUCUGGUACACUGUAUUGGAUUUGAAGGAUGCUUUUUUCAGCCUGCCGCUCGCGCCUCAAAGCCAACCCCUGUUCGCCUUUGAAUGGCACGAUCCAGAGGAAGGCUGUAGUGGACAAUUAACCUGGACACGAUUACCCCAAGGGUUCAAGAAUUCGCCCACCAUCUUCGAUGAAGCACUACAUGAGAACCUCGGUGAGUACAGGAGAGAGCACCCCAGUCUCACCCUCCUUCAGUAUGUAGAUGACAUCUUGAUUGCUGCAGACACUGCCAAGGAUUGUGAGCAGGGGACCAAAGACUUGUUGGCCACCCUAGGGACCUUAGGGUACCGGGCCUCUGCAAAGAAAGCUCAGAUAUGCCAAGAGAGGGUGAGUUACCUGGGGUACAUACUGGAGGGCGGACAGCGGCGGUUAUCAGACGCUCGGAAAGAGACAGUCCUGAAAAUCCCUAUUCCCACCACCCGGAGGGAAGUAAGGGAAUUCCUAGGAUCGGCUGGCUAUUGCCGCCUCUGGAUCCCAAGUUUUGCUGAGAUCGCCAGACCCCUAUAUGAAGCUACCAAGGAGGGAAAGGCCUUUGAAUGGACUGAGACAGAGGAAAUUGCCUUUAAUCAGAUAAAGAAGGCCCUUCUGGCUGCUCCAGCUCUGGGCCUACCGGACAUUACAAAACCCUUUCGCCUCUUUGUAGACGAGCGCAAGGGAAUAGCAAAAGGGGUAUUAACUCAGACUUUAGGGCCCUGGAGCCGCCCGGUAGCGUAUUUGUCUAAAAAGCUGGACCCCGUAGCCGCCGGCUGGUCGCCGUGCCUAAGAAUCAUUGCAGCAACCGCGCUUUUAGUCAAGGAUGCCGACAAAUUGACCCUGGGGCAGGAAAUCUGGAUAACAACCCCACAUGCCACUGAGGGAGUCCUAAAACAGCCUCCCGACCGAUGGAUGAGCAAUGCACGCAUGACCCACUAUCAGAGCUUACUGCUCAACCCCCCUAGAGUACGGUUCCAUCCCAGUGCGGCCCUCAACCCUGCUACCCUGCUGCCUGACCCCGACCUAGAUGCCCCACUGCAUGACUGUGCGGGGAUCCUGGAGCAGGUACAUGGACUUCGGAAGGACUUGACCGAUCAGCCCCUCCCUGACGCAGAGGCCACCUGGUUCACGGAUGGAAGCAGCUUCGUACGGGACGGGUGCAGGUAUGCAGGUGCAGCGGUGGUCACCGACACGGACACUGUGUGGGCAGAAGCACUGCCCCCUGGGACAUCAGCCCAGCGAGCAGAACUCAUUGCUCUCACCAAGGCACUGACACUGGGGGCGGGGAAGCGGCUUAACAUUUACACCGACAGCCGUUAUGCAUUUGCUACGGCUCAUGUCCACGGGGCGAUUUACCAGGAAAGAGGGCUAUUGACGGCAGAGGGACGGACAGUGAAAAACAAACAGGAAAUUCUCGACCUGCUUGCGGCCCUAUGGCUUCCUGCGAAGCUAGCCAUUAUCCACUGUCAAGGGCACCAGAAGGCAGAUGACCCAGUAGCAAGAGGUAACCAAAAGGCUGAUCAGGCAGCCAAGGCAGCGGCCUUCACCUCAGUCCCCGCCAUGGCCUUACAACUACCAGACCCCGGGGACCCAGUUCUACCAGACCAGCCUAGGUACUCUCAGGAAGAGCUGCAGCAGAUCAGAAAGCUUCCCCUCGCUAAGGAGGUAAAGGGAUGGUGGUACACCUCGGAUAAGAAACUCAUACUACCAGACUGGCUUGGGGUCACAGUAUUAGAACGCAUGCAUUGGUCCACCCACUUGGGAGCCCGGAAGUUAAAGGACUUAAUUCAGCAUGCCAAGAUCAAGAUUCACCAACAAGUCUCCAAAAUCAAUCAAAUUAUAACCUCCUGUAAGACCUGCCAACUCACAAACGCAAGAGCUGGAUCAGGUGGACAAGGAAACAGGCUCAGGGGCACCAAACCAGGAGCACACUGGGAGGUCGACUUCACCGAAGUCAAACCAGGAAAGUAUGGUUAUAAAUAUCUUUUAGUGUUCAUAGACACCUUCUCUGGCUGGGUAGAGGCUUACCCAACCAAGCAUGAGACAGCCCAGACGGUGGCCAAGAAACUGCUGGAAGACAUCUUACCCAGGUAUGGUUUUCCUGCUCUAAUAGGAUCUGACAACGGACCAGCCUUUAUUUCGCAGGUAACACAGGCAGUAGCCAAGGUCAUAGGGGCGGAUUGGAAAUUACAUUGUGCUUAUAGGCCCCAAAGUUCAGGGCAGGUAGAAAGAAUGAAUAGAACUCUAAAAGAGACCCUUACCAAAUUAACCAUGGAGACUGGCGGGGAUUGGGUGGCUCUCCUUCCGUAUGCCCUUUACCGGGUGAGGAACUCUCCUUACACCCUGGGUCUCACCCCUUACGAGAUCAUGUUUGGUAGACCCCCUCCUAUCAUCCCUAACCUAAAAGCUGAACUUCUUGUUGAGUUUGAAAAUCAGGAGAUAUCUUUUUUCCUAAGAGAACUGCAGAGGGCGCACGAGGACAUUUGGCCGCGCCUCCGCGCCAUCUACGAGGCUGGCCCUACCCCAACGCCUCAUCAGUACAAGCCAGGAGACUGGGUGUUCGUCAGAAGGCACCGUCGGGAGACCCUCGAACCACGCUGGAAGGGCCCCUAUAUCGUUGUGCUGACUACACCCACCGCUCUCAAGGUAGACGGCGUCGCGACUUGGAUCCACCACUCCCACGCUCGCCCAGCCGACCCCUCUGCAAUCCAGGAAGACUUCAUCACACAAUGGAGCAUCAACCAAGACCAGCGCAACCCGCUCAAGCUCAAGCUGCGGCGCACUCGACCUGCCUGAUGUUGGUAACCUUGCU